AAAUAUAAUAAUAAGUGAUGCAACUGAAAUAGAAAUGUCCCUAUAAAGUAAAUCACAUGAAAAGUCUGGAGCAGAUACUGUCCUGUUGGUUUGAUUAUCAAAUAACCAAGCAAAACCCACAACACCACAACGUCAUAUCUGUAUUUAUCAUAAAAUCUUUACACUGCACGGCAGGAAGCACACACAUACACACACAGUCUGUCAGCAGCUGCUGUGUCUUCAGUACUAACUGGGUGGCAGUGUAUUGUAGGUAUGACCAUGCAGUGGGCUCUCCAGGUCAGUGUGGCUCUCCUGAACAUUGUAUGGAUCGCCUUCUUUUUAACUCCAGAACCGUUCUCAGUGUUUGUACAGAAAAGAAACACUAUUGAGGAGAUUCUGUAUGAAGAAUUUUGUAUUCAGCCUCCAGCAGUCAAAAUCCCCGCUAAUAAAACCAACACCAACCCAACUUCUCAAGUCACUUCUGCCCCUGCACCAGGAAGUGAACCUACAGUAAUGACCGGGAUAAACUGGAGCCGAAGACUCCAGGUAGUCCUCCUGAACCGGGGCCGAGGACUCCAGGUAGUCCUCCUGAACUGGGGACGAGGACUCCUGGUAGCCCUCCUGAACCGGGGCCGAAGAUUCCAGGUAGUCCUCCUGAACCGGGGCCGAGGACUCCAGGUAGUCCUCCUGAACCGGGGCCGAAGAUUCCAGGUAGUCCUCCUGAACCGGGGCCGAGGACUCCAGGUAGUCCUCCUGAACCGGGGCCGAAGACUCCAGGGAGUCCUCCUGAACCGGGGCCAAAGACUCCAGGUAGUUCCCCUGUACCAGAGCCGAGGAACAAGUGGAUUUCUACCAGCUGUUGCCUUAAAUUGUCUAGCAGAGUAGUUACUCGACGAAUAAUAACAGGAUACAUUAAAAAACCAUCCGGGUGUCCUAUUGAAGCCAUUAUGUAAGAAAAAGUUAAUAAUUCAUCUUUAUUAGCAUACAUGGCAUCAUACAUUCCACAGACGUUUAUUCAUUCAUUUAAAAUGCCAUUGUAGUUUAGAGUUACUGCAUAGAUUUUGACUAACACUCAUUAAUAAGAAAUGUCUUUAUGUUAUUUAUUCUCUAACAGACUAGUUAGGACCAAAGGCC